GUCAGUGUGGUUACUGCAGCAGGACACGACAGAGAAGCAGUUUCAGUCACGGCUGGCGUCGUUUGGUCCGGAUGUUUUCAGUCAACAGGUGUCCCACCGAGGUGGGCUAAUCUCCCACUUUGCUGACUGGCAGGUGGCCAAGAGUUGAGCGUGGUCGUCGCCUCACCUCCUCAUCCCGCCACCUCCUCUCCUGGAAGAUAACUUUCUGGUUGUCUUGUCAGGACAGUGGAUUUGAGCACGAUUCUCCACGCAGGGAGGAAACUCUGCAGCAGUCCUCAUUAAAAUUCCCUGCCCGUACGCUCACCACGAAAACCUCCUUUUAGUGGGUGGCACCGGCGUCCUGCGCGCCUCUUUAAUUGCGCACCACGCAUUAACGAGCGAUCACGGAUCCCAGUUUCAUCACCGGUGUCCGCCGAUCGAGCCGCCCCGUGCUUCAUGUCCCGCGAUUUACGGCGACAAGGCUGAGGGAGGAAAGGUGGGCGCAGAGUCCCGGAGGUCCGGCAAAGGGUGGCGCCCUACGCAUCUUAUCCGGCGCCUGGACACGCUGUGCUGCGACCCACGGCGACGCGGUCCGCUCCUGCAGCCCGCCGCCUCCUUGCUGCGGCUCAUGAUUGUGACAUUUCUCUGUGGGGACCGGCAACAUGUGCGCCUGGAUGGUGUGAAGUGUGACACAGCGGCUUCUGGGUUUCAUUUCUCUCGGUUACGACAAGUACCCGACGUUACGGCGCACCUUGUGCGAUAGAGAACCAUGAGCACUGUGGAGGAGGAGCCGGAUCACAUGAUACCAUGAAGACAAGCCUGCAGGUCCUGCGCUGCCAGCUGCUGAGUGUUCUAGCAUUCCUAGCACUGUCAGUAGGACUGGUGUCAUCAGCACAGGAGCUGUACCUCAGCCAGACAUCCCAGGAUCCUGUCUCCAUGGCAGCUGCCCACAGCAGCCCCCUGUCUGCCCCCGAGCCUUCCCCCCUGGACUGGCAUCAGGAAGGCUCCAGUAGUGGGGAAUGGUCGCCCAAAGGAGGCACUCAGUCCUCAAACAUCAUCCUCUCUACGGUCGCCCUCCAUCCUCUGGCCUUGCUUCACACAACUCAAACUUCCAGCCUGGCUCAUGGCGACUCUCCCAUUCACGACACAAAAACUGUCACCACAAACACUGUGAGCACUGAAAGUCGCGUGAAUCAGCCCCUGGAGCCGAGCUCUGAUAUUGUAAACCAAGGCCACAUGCACAAAUUGGUCAGGGUGCCUCAAGUCCAUAACCCAGUUACUGUCAGCACUAACCAGGCCAGCAGCAGCAGCAGCCCUAAAUCUCCCAGCACAGCGGCCCCAAAUAUAGAUGUGGAGUCUACCGCCAGGGGGGCUCCAAACCCCCUGGCUCUUAUGUCCAGCUCUGGAUCAGACAGAGGAGAUACACUCGCUGCACACCACGUAGAGCCUCAGAAGUUGAGUGUGGAGGAGCCCACAGACCCCAGCCGGCAGUAUGUUCCGUAUCUUGAGCGCCCCUCCUUGACCUCCCUUUCCUCUUCGUCAAAGGAUGCUGACCUCGCACUAGGCCUGAAACUCAGGGAGCAUGCUCGGGGCGCCGCACACCACGCCAUUACCCUGAGGGAGGUGCACGCAGUGAACGAGCCCCCCACCGAUGAACUGGUGCUUGAGCCAAACGUCGGGUCUGUCAGUCCAGUCCAGAGACCGCCAGAGAAUCUAACUUACACUGCUUCCACUCCAGCCCUGCCCACUGAGCCUAGCCGCAAGACACAGAAUCCAACAAUCAUCCCAAAUAACCACACUGCACCUAAUGAGACCACCACUGAGGAGGGUCAUGGUCAGGUAGUCCAUGCUAAUGGCACAGACAAUGCCCCUCUGGGACACUGGUUGGGGAAUGUAACUGCAUAUGGAGGGCUGCUCUCUAACAGCAGCUCGGUCGAGGAGGUGCCUGCUCAGGGGAACAGCUCGGAGCCCCCUUCAGAGCCCAGUGGGAACUUCUUGAACAGGCAGGUGCCUGCCACUACACAGGACCCCUGGACGCCAGGCAACAGCUCAGGCCCCACCGUUGACUCCCCGCCCUCCCGCAUGACCAUCUGCUUGAGCAGGAUGGACAUUGUGUGGAUCGUGCUGGCCAUCAGCGUGCCUGUGUCCUCGUGUUCUGUGCUUUUGACGGUUUGCUGUAUGAGGAGGAAGAAGAAGUCGUCAAGUCAGGAGAACAACCUCAGCUACUGGAACAACGCCAUCACCAUGGACUACUUCAGCAGACACGCUGUGGAGCUGCCCAGAGAGAUACACACUCUGGAGAGUGAGGAGCAUGACACCUGUCUACCACCUAAUGGAGACUACAGCGGCAGCAGCGUGGUCCUGGUCAACCCUUUCUGCCAGGAGACCCUCUUCAUCAACAGAGACAAAGCCUCUGCCAUCUAGAGACAGAAAAAGAGAGACACUGUUGGAUCCUCCUCUUCUACUCCCCCUGCUGUUGUUGUCUAUUUUAUAUAUGUGGUAAAUAUUCAGAGACUUCGACUUUAUACUGUAUAUGACAGACACAAAGAGCAACCAGAAAGACGAGUGAUGUAAACAGACAUUAUUUACUAUGAGAAUGCACCCGCAUAUUUUUCUGAUGUACAUUUUCUACAAAAGGCUUAAUUGUGAUAAAAGGUUUUUAUUGUCUUUAUAAAAUACAGAGUAAAUGUGGUUUUGUUUUCAUUACAGUGGCUUGAUGGUGCGUGCACUGUGGAUGUUGCCACAUGAAAUCUGCUUUAGAGAGAGAAACGUGUUGAGAACAUUAAAGCUGUUCUUUGUAAUUUUACUUUUCCUUUCAAAUCAAUCCCAAAAGACUUAUAGCCUGCUGAACUUGAAUAUAGCACCUACGUACUUGGGGGAGAGAUUUAACAGAGAUUUCCUGUUUGUGAGAUCAGGGCCCAUGUUUAUCAAACUGUGCAAACUUAGAAGUAAAAAGUGCUAAAAGUGAAGAAUAAGAGGAAUAAGAUAUAGCUCUCAAGUGAUCACAUGAUUAAUCACAUGUAUGCACUGAGCAGGAACAGCAAAUCAAAGACACAGAUUUACUCCACGGUACACCUGCCCCAUUGUUCUUUCUUAUUAGUUUUUUAAUCCCAAAAUUACUCACUGGGGUUAUUCUACCAAAAUAUAUCUAUGUGAAUUACAUAUAGAUCAUAAGAUCAUUUUCUUUGCGUGAAAUGUCUCCAGUAACAAUCCAAACGUGAAAUCAGCAAUAAUUAAAUAUGACACAAGAUUGUCUCAUGAUAAUACAAAUCUUUCUUUGUAGAUAAUUUGAUUAAUUAUGUGAGUAAAACAUAACCAUGAAAACUAAAA